UGCGCUGUAGAAGAUUUAUCGAUAAUGAGUAACAACAGAUAUGAAGAAGACGGAUCCGACUGGGUGGAGAAAGAAGUGGCCAUCUAUGGGACUUCAAAUGAUUUUGAAGAUUACUAUACUUUUCAGCCAACAAGAAAAGGAUCAAAGACUCCGAGGUGUUCUCCAGUCCAGAAAGAAUCGAAGACUUUAUUGCGUCUGAAAGUGCUGUGUGUUCUGAUGGCAGCUGGGAUUCUCAUCCUCUCCAUAUGCUGUCUUCUUCUGACUUUGGAAAACAACAAAAGGAAAAACUGUCACAAUCAACUGCAGACUGACCCUUCAGAUCAUCUUAUGUCUUUGGAAAACAACGACAUGAAUAACACUUCAAAUCAGUUGCAGACUGAAAUCUCAGUCAUGCUGGCCAACAACCGUCGUCUGCAGAAUGAAACAAAGCAGCUGAAAGAUAAAAAUGAAGUGAUGAGAAUCAACAACAGACGUCUGCAGGACGACGUUAAGAACCUGAAGUUAAGGAUUGAAGGAUUAAAAAGAUCAAAGUGCCCUGAUGGAUGGGAGAGAUUUGGAUGCAGCUGCUACUACAAAUCUACUAAAAAGGCGUCUUGGACCGACGGCAGGAGCUUCUGUCUGCAAGAAGGAUCUGAUCUGGUGGUCAUAAACAGUGUUGAGGAACAGAAUUUUCUUGCAAAGCUGAACCAGAAGGGAGAAUCCUGGAUUGGUCUGUAUCUUGGAUGGUCAUCCCAAAAGGAGAAUUAUGUUCGGAUAUGGGUAGAUGGAUUAUCAUCAACAGAAAUAUGCUGGGAAUCAGAAAAAACACCAUAUCCCUUUCAGAGCCACAUUGCAGUGUUUUUAAAUGCUGAAGGGAGAAUGGCUGAACUGGAUAAAAAUGAUUCUAAAAACUACAUCUGUGAGAUGUGAAGCUGAUGCUUUCGUUACAGGUCUAUGCAGUGAUUGAACUCUUCUGUCUCAUAACCAUUAAAUGUCCUGAUACAUUUAGA